CAACGUACGAACGAUGAUUCUCUAAGUUCAGUUUUUCUAACCAUAUAUAUAGCAAGUAUUUGGAAUAUAUGGAUAUUUUACCAAUUCUCCUAGUUCUAAAGCUAAUGCCCAUUUAGUCAACCCAACGAAGUUAGUAUAUGCAAUGCAUAAUGCAUGUGUCUCGUUUUAAAAUUGACUACUCAUAUGUUUAAUUUAAUUCCCUAUUUCUGUUGACAUAAGUGAAAGAUUGGAAAUUCUUUUUACAAAAUUUCAAGAAUAACUUCCACAAACAAGCAUUUGUGUUUGAGCUAUAUUUGAAUGAUCAAGUGGAAAUUUUGGAGUCUCCUUCUGCUACUAACAUUUUAAUGGAAAUACAUGUACUACUUGUUUUCGGAUCUUAAUAGAGCAUCCCGUUUAUUUACACGAUUUAAGAUAUUCGGCCUCUCUGUUUUAAUCAGCUUCAUGGAUUGUUGUUCGUAAUCAGCUGAUGUCCAUCCCUUUCCAUUCCCUUCUUUCUCAACUCUCAAAGCUGAAGCUUACCAUCCCAAGAACCAAAGAGCUUCACGCUUUAAUAAUCAGGACUCAUCUCUCAUGCGACCCAUUUUACGCUACAAGAAUUUUGAGGUUCUAUGCUCUAAACGACGACAUCAUCUCAGCUCGCAACCUGUUUGAUAAAACUCCCCAUCGAAGUAUUUACCUAUGGAAUUCCUUAAUUCGAGCUUAUGCUAGAGCCCACAAGUUUACAGAUGCAUUUUCUCUGUUUAAGGACAUGCUUUAUUCCGAAAUAAAGCCUGAUAACUUCACUUUUGCAUGCCUUGUUCGAGCCAGCUCUGAAAAUUUUGAUGUGCACAGCUUGAGAGUUUUCCAUGGAGCGGUUGUUCUCUCUGGGUUGCAGUGGGACUUCAUAUGUAGUAGCCAACUGGUAAGUGCUUAUUCAAGAUUAGGUUGUAUAGCUGAUGCAAGCAAGGUGUUUUCUGGGAUAACCGAUCCUGAUUUGGUCUUAUGGAAUUCAAUGAUAUCAGGUUAUGGUUGUUUUGGAGAGUUGGAGAAGGGGCUAGAAUUGUUUAGCAGAAUGCAGAGAAUGGGGUUCAGGCCUGAUGAGUACACAAUGGUUGGCCUGAUUAUAGCUAUAUAUGAUCCUAGUGUGCUGAAAAUAGGUGAAUCAAUCCAUGCAUGUUGUCUAAAACUUGGUGUAGAGUCAAAUUCUCAUAUAAGCAGUCUCCUUGUUAGUAUGUAUUCUAGAUGUAAAUGUAUGGGUUUAGCUUUUAGAGUUUUUGAGAGUCUUUUAGAACCUGAUUUAGUUACAUGGUCUGCAAUAAUAAGCGGUGUUUCGCUGUGUGGGAAUAGUGUCAAGGCCUUGGAUUUCUUCAGAGAAAUGAAUAUGAAAGGUGGGAAGGCGGAUCCACUGCUGAUAGCCACUAUACUAACUGCUUGUUCUCAAUUGACAACUGUGCGGCCAGGCAGCGAGGUGCAUGGUUAUUCUUUUCGACAUGGAUGUCACUUGGAGGUUAUGGUCUCCUCUGCUCUAGUUGACAUGUACUCAAAAUGUGGAUUCUUGGAAUUGGGAUAUCAAGUUUAUAAGACUAUGACUUUCAAGAAUAUUGUUUCAAUCAAUUCAAUUAUUUCAAGUCUUGGUUUAUAUGGACUUGCAUCUCAGGCCUUUCAGAUAUUUGAGAAGGCACUGGAUGAAGGGCACAAACCAGAUGAAGCUACUUUUUCCGCGCUCUUAUGUGCAUGUUGCCAUGCUGGUCUUCUUAAUGAUGGUCGAGAAUAUUUCAGAAGAAUGAAAGAUCAAUUUGGCAUCCCAGCUAACACCGAACAUUAUGUUUACAUGGUAAAGCUUCUUGGAAUGGAAGGACAAUUGAGAGAAGCUUAUGAACUUGUCCAGUCUCUGCAGGAACCAGUUGACUCUGGCAUUUGGGGGGCACUAUUGUCAUGCUGUGAUGCUCAUAGAAAUUAUGAGUUGGCAGAUAUUAUAGCUUCUCGUUUUUUUGGUAAUAAGCUACAGAAUAGUCGUUACAGAGUUAUGCUUUCAAAUAUGUAUGCCAGUGAUGGGAGGUGGGAUUUAGUAAAUAAGUUGAGAGUGGAUUUAGGAUCAACAGAGUUGAAACUCGCUGGAAAAAGCUGGAUUUUUAGUAUAAAACCAUUUCCGUGAAAGGAAUUCUUGAGGUGUCUUUGCUACAUAUUUCAUGGUUCACUUUGUUGAAUCUGGGAUCAGAAGCUGCGACUGAGGUAGGAUCAAUCUAACUUUCUCGUCAUGAAAAGGAAAUUCUAUCGUGUAACUCCAAAACAAAUGUCAAAAGAAGAUGAGUUUAACCCAUUUUGUGCUUAACUAAAAUGAUUUUAACAAGUUAUGGAAGGUUCAUCUCCUCACUUCUGUUACUUCCAAGUUUUACCAUGAAUAAUCUUUGGCUACAAACAGUUGUGAUCAUGUUAAACAUAUGUUUCAAACAGCCGAUUAAGACAUGAUAAAUGAAACAUAUAUACAGCUAAAACAUACAAGGAGCUGCUAACAAUCUUUGUUGCCCUGUACUAUAUUGAUCAGGUACGUAUUGCUCUUUGGUGAAUGGAUGACAAAUAUCUUUUCUCCUUUUGGUUUCUGUUCUAUGAUCGUCAAACUGGUGGCCACUUUGAUUUGCUCAAGGUCACAGAAAGUCUAAUGGGCAGAAUGCAGAACUGGAAUAUUUAGGUAAAAUAGAGGGAACCAGAACCUUUUUUGUUUUGUUUUUUGUCUUCUUUUGGGAGCCUGGAUAACCUCUCUCCAUAAUAUGGCAUUUCCAUAGGUAACUCGUACAGGCUGUCGAUAAUGUCUCACUAAAUCUUGAUCAUUUGGAGUGUAGAUUAAAUUUUAGCUUCUGUAUCUGAAGGAAGUUUUCUGUUUGAAGGGAUUUGCUUAGUAUGCGUUUAAGAGAAUAAUGAUCUUGCUAAUUAACCCGACAAGUGUAAUGCACCGUGAAGAUGACUCUAUUGAGCACAUUUAUAUUGCUGUAGAUUUUCAAAUAUUAAAGGAGUAUGUGCGUAUCUGUUGUUAUUGACAUCUUUUAGACCAUUAAUGCAAGUCAUCCAGAAAUGUCUCUUACAUGGUGCAGGAAGUACAUUGACUGCAGGCUGUCGUUCUCCUGGCCUCAGGUAUCAUGUGUUUCAAAGUCCUAUCAGAGGUAGCAAAGUUGUGUUUGCAAGCUUCAAAGGCUCCGAAUGAUGGGCAGGGUGUUCUUUGUAAAUGUGAUAUGAUAAAUAGUGGUAGCUUCUGACUUUUCUAGAGGACAAAGGGCAUGUUAAGGAGUGACAUUUAAGUUAAGAACCGGACGUGGAAUAGCUAGGAAUACGAAUGCCAGGGAUCAUACUCAGGAUUGGUUUCUCAUCACUCUUAUUCCUAUUAGAUUCUAUCAAUUAUAUCAUCAACUUACCUCAAUCUGAAACUAGCUGCUCCCACUAGAUUCUAUUGCUAUAAAAGUUGAACAAUAUAUGCAUGCGUAAAUAGUUUCGGUGAGUCUUUUGGUGCGACUUUAAUGCCAUUCCAUUCUCAAAUGCAAUCAUUCAUAUCUUUUGUUGGACAUUUUCUUGUCUUUCCCCUGGCAGUAUGUUAAAUCUUGCUAAACUUCAUUUAUAACAAUUGAACCUUUUUUUCGGAAAAUUCUUAAGAGUCUAAGACUGAAGUGCUAGACAUGCAUUUUUCUUCAAUGUGGUAUACUUACUAAAGGAGUCCAAGUAUGUUUGUACACUAUAUAUUGUAAACUGCUGAUAUAAUUCAGUAGGCUGUCAUUUGAUUAUAUGACCAGCUGCUCAGUCUGUACUGCCUUAGAUGUCAUUUUAGUUUUCUUACUGAUUGGUAUUAGAAUAUUGCAGAAACAAAAAUUAUAUAUGAGGUUUCUACUCUACUAAAAUGAAAACGUGUGAAUGUGUUAAACACCGUAAACUGAUACAAAGUAGGUCUCUCAGAUUCUAUUCUCCCAGUGCCCUGGCACUUACUGAUCAACUUUUGUAGUUGCAACAAUUAAGAUGCUUUUCAUCCGUUUUGCAGGAGAACCUUGAUGGUUUAAGCAAUCCUGGAUCACAAAUUCAGGUACCUGAAAAUUUUGCUACUUCAAGUGAAAAAGCAUCACGGGCUGGAAACAGCUCUCUUCCAUAAAACAGGAUAUUUGGUGGCUUCUAUUUGUUCAGUUGUAUUUGUGUGUAUCAAAGUUGCUUUUUAAGGACCCAAAAGUAUUUAUAAGGGGGAAAAGUCCAGAACAUUAUGGCUACUCAAAGCAUCAAAGCAACAGCUUAUACUUGAUAUUAUAAUUAUUCUGCUGCAGAGCUGGUACCUAUGUUGUAUGUUAUGACAUUAAUAGUGAGAUCCACGUAAGUCGUAAUGGUCACUUACUUGAACCCCGGAAGGCAAUACUCAUGCAUUGUAGAAAGAACAUUUCCUGAUGACUAUAGAGGAACCUCUGAUGAGUAUCAUCAGAAGAACAAGUGAAUAAGAAUUAUCAAGAUGCAUACAUUUAGUAUUUAAUUAUAGAUCUUUGAGGUUAUAUUAGAAGAGUUGAUGCUACAGAAGUAUGGGAUGGCCCAAGGAAAAUGGCCUAUUUCAACAAGUUGUGUAAAGUUGAAAUUUAUUUCUGUCAGUCUGCUCUUAUUACUUCUGUAACUACUUAGCUAAAUGGUUAUAGUUGCUAAGUUAUCCUUUUGA